AACAGCUUGCAUAAUGAGAAGUUCUAUUGGUUUGCUGCUGAUUUGCGGUUUGUCUAAGGCUGCUAUCAACUUUGAUUUGUUCAAGGAUUUUUUACGCUGGCAACAUUUGAAAUUUGUUACGGUGUUUCACUGCUUGGACCAAAGUGAUGAUGUACUCAACCUGUAUCACAAGAUCGGCCGUUCAUAUUCUGAGAAAGUCCACUUUGAAGACAUCUCUUACUUUACUGAAGCAACUUGGAACCAUAAGCAUGUGAUGAGAUAUGACUAUAACAAUUUGGGAGUUUCCGUUGACCUGGACUGUCCAGCAACUGAGAAGCUCUUUGAGGUUGUAUCAAACAACGAAUACUUCAAUGCAUCCUACUAUUGGCUAAUGUUCGCAAAUGGUUCACUGGAAGAAUCUGCUUGUCUGUUAGGCAAGCAGAAUUUGAACAUAGAUGCGAAGGUUACCUUGGUGGUUGAUCAAAGAGUUCAGCAUAAUGUCUUCGAUGUGUACGACGUGUUUAGUCCAGCGAUAAAACGAGGUGCUGCUUUGAAUACAACGCUUAUGGGGAAUUGGAGUCACGAGGGUGGAUUCACCAUCACGGUGAACCAGACGGAAUACGAACGUCGAAUUGACUUUGCAGGAAUUUCUUUAAAAACUGCUGUGUUGACUUUGGACCAAUUACAUCACGCUACUCUUAUGCAGCUUUUGACAAAACAAGGAACCAUACGUUCAUACUCCCUCCACAGACUUGGAUAUCGUUUUCUGGAGUUCCUACUUGAAAAGCACAACUUUUCAGUGCAAUUCAUCCGAAUCAACGAUUGGGGCUUUACCAGUACGGAUGGAUACUCCAGUUUUGGCCUGGUUGGUCAGAUGGGUGCGAAAAAGGUUGACUUUCUGAUCAACAGCCUUGCAUAUCAACCGGAAAGGGUCGGCGUUAUGGAUUACACCAUAACGAUCGGAGUGUCUAAAAUGCUUAUAGUGUUCCGCCAUCCGCAGAAAAACGAAGGCCGCUACUUUUUUCUCAAACCUUUUCGUGCUGAAUUGUGGAUCGCAAUUAUUGGUUUAAAUGUGGUGGCAACUCUAGUUGUCUGUAUGACCUACCGUUCCAAGUCUAUCAAAGAGUAUGAUGAUCCACGAUCCAAUGAUGACCGCAGGUUAGCGUGGCUUACAGUUUUUGGCAUUCUAUUUCAGCAAGGAACAUCAUCGACAGUAUCUUUCAGUUCUACCCGAAUCACUCUGAUCAGUACUCUUGUGUUCUCGAUUCUGAUUUCGCAGUUUUAUUCCGCUUACAUUGUAGGCUACCUUCUGAUCGUCCCUCCAAAAACUAUGAACACGGUGCAGCAUCUCAUCGAUAGCGAUUUCAGAGUUCUUGUCGAAAAUCUGGGCUAUAAUAUCGAUUUUCUUAAUAGAACGACAGAUCCCGUUGUCCUCGAACUCUACCACAGGAAGAUCCUCAACGGAGAAGACAACUUCGUGAACAUUACCCAAGGAUUGGAACUGGUAAAACGAGGUGGCUUCGCGUUUCAGUGUGACACGGCCUAUGCAUAUCCUCUCAUGAAGGAGUCCUUCACGGAUAAAGAAGUGUGCGACAUACAGGAAAUUAUGUACAAUCGAUUGCGACCUUUGAACCUUCCGCUUCGGAAGGGUAGCCAGUUCAAGCAAUUGUUUCGCAUUACGCUGAGAAAGGUGAUGGAAACGGGCAAUGGGGCCUACCAGAACAAAUAUUUCUUCUCGAAAAAACUCAUAUGCGACAAAAACUACAUCAAAACGGUAUCUGUAGACUUGGAUCACUUGUUAGUGUUGUUCGGCAGCUUGCUAGGGGGAAUGGCGGGAAGCUUUGUCAUUAUGCUAUUGGAAAUUGGUUAUGUCAAAGUCAGGAAAAGAAAAAUACAGGUUUUAAAUGGAAGUCGCAGUGAAGAUUCAUUGAAGCGCGAUUAAGCCAAUUAUACAAUUCAAUUGUCCAUUUCACGAAACGGUAACACUGAUGAUAUGUAUUGCUGUUACUUUCACACGUUACGACACCGCCUACUGUCAAAAUUUCAUUAAUAAAAUAAGUGAUCAACUGCAUCUUCAACAGUACUAGUUAAUUAUACACAAAUGUAGAUCUGCAUAUUCAAAUUCAAAAAAGUUCGAAUCAAGUACCGGAAGUAGCUUGAUAAGAGUUUAAAUUUUAAAUGAACUGCUGCCGAAAAUUAUAAUUUUCAAUCGGUUUGAUCAAUUUCAGUCUGUUACUUUUUCAAUCAAAUCUCGUUAGAUUGAAAAUGAUACAUUUUCAAGCUUAAAUGCAACCUCUUUUUUGUUUUGAAAAUAUUUGGUGAGUGAAUAAAAAACAAGUUAUUAUAAAUAAUAAAUAAUAAUAAUAAAAAAGUGUCGAUUCGAGAAGCAUUUGUCUCUUGUUAGUGUGAUUGUGAUACAUUGAAAGCGUGAAGAACCUUUACAUGCGAGAUUUUUAUUUUCCGACUUCCUAGACAUACUGACGUGGCAACUAUUAGCACUAUGAGUAAUUUGUUCGAUAGAUUCCAAAGAACAGUCGAAAGUUAAAAGAAAAUUUUCAAAUGGUCACUUUUUAUAUUUUCAUCAAUGGUAAUUACAGUUCCAACGGAAUUCGUUGUAAUUCAAUCGUUUUCUAUGACAUACACUCAAGAUUGAGAUCUAAAAAUGAUAA